AUGCGUGGGGAUCUUUGUUCUCAUGCCGAGGGAACGCUGAUUCCCGAGCUGCAACGCCAGGGUCUCCGCAUACCUCUGCAGCCUGUUCCCGUUAUCGACGACAACGGAUACAUAUGCGUCGACCCUCCUGUGGACAUCCGAAGAGAGCUGCUAGACCACAAGGAGAAGUUCGCUGUGAUUGAGCACGACAUACAGGUUCUGACGGCCAAGAUCGAGUAUCUGGCCAUCCGCAAAGGCGUGACGUCGGACGAGCUGGACGCAGGGGCGCGCCAACACCUGGGUGCCGUGGUCGACACGCUGGUGCCGACGGCGACUCCACGCAAGCACGCCAAAGCAGAACCUACCGCGGACGGAAGUGGCCAGAAGGAGGUCGCGCAGACUCCUCCGACGCGUGCACUGGCGGCAGUGCCAUCAAUCUCUCCCUGUCCUGCACCUCACACACCUGCCGUGAAAGAUAGCCAAGUUACUGCCGGCGACGCGACACCUGCUGUGGUCAGGCAACAACAGCGCGACCAUCUUGCAGUGGCUUUGCGCAGCCGCGCUAAGACUCCCGUGCCCGCAGCUCCAGGUAACCCCGGAAGGGUCGCAAGCAGCGGCCGAACGGGAGUUAUGUGGAACGCAGCGAAGCAGAGGUACUACGUCCGGAUCAUAUCUGCUCGCCGUCAGCAGGUUCGUCUGGGGUCGUACGAGGACAAGGACGAGGCGUCAUACGCGUAUGCUGCGGGAGCCGUUGUACUUCGCCCGAACUCACGCAUCGGCUGCACGGUGGAGCUGUCCGACGGUGACAGGCAGGCUUUAGCCGGCUGCACCGAGGAGAUCCUAAGGCUACUCGUGAAGUACAGGCGCUGGAACAGAUGGAGGGAGUGGAGAGCCGCAAUGGCUGGCCUGGACGAUGCGCAGCCGGUCGAGACCCGUUCGCGGCGAAAGGGCAGAGUGUCCCGGGCCAUUAGUGACGUUGAGGAGGUGGAGGCGACCACGCAGACUACAGAGGACCAGCCUAUGGCUGAAGAGCCAGAGGACCCACCAGAGGACUACACGGAUGACGAUGAGUCCGUUGACGAUGAUGCUGUGUAUGAACCAGGAAACGAUGAUUUCGACGAAGAAGAUGACUGGGAGGAGGUCAACCGUGCAGAGGAGACUCGAGAAGUGCCGCUGCAGAUAUGCAGCGCCAAGGCUGUCGGGGCCGUCGACGCGGAGGCAGCCUGCACGCCCAUUGUCGCCAGCGCACCACAAGGGGAGGAGGACACGGAGGCCGUGAAGGAACGCCUGAUAGACGAGUUAAUGGAAGGCGAAGAUGAGGACGACGAGGAGGGAAACGGUGGUGGUCAGUCGUCAAGCAACGAUCCGUGUGGCGAGAACGGAUCAGAGGAGGAGCAGGCCACAAAAGCGCCACAUUCGAGGAAGCGGAUAGAAGCAGCAGAUGGCCAAGUCACACGCGAGGAAUUUGAUGCAUUGCGUGAUUCCCAGAAUGAUACCGCGAAGACACUGGCUCGUCUGGAGUCACACGUACUGACCAUCAUCCGCCUUGGCGAAGGGCGUAAGCGCAAGCGGGCGUCCACAAGUGCCGCAGCCUCGCUCGGCCGGGAAGCUUCGAAGCGGAAACGCCAGUCAGAUGAUGACGAAGAAUCCACGUGCGAUGAGGACGAGUUGCCGGCGAAAGUGGCACGGCACGCGCGUCACGACAAGUCGCCAGUGCUCCAAACCGCCCUUGACAUCCUUCCAGCGGAGAAGGCUUGGAAGGAUCAUCUGUUUCUAGAAGCCCCGAACGAGAAGAUGGACUUCUAUCCGAGUCGCGACGCCAAAAACGCCGGCCUAUGCCAUGUCGUGUCCACCAUUUCUCCCAAAACUGCGACUCUGGCGUUAGACGCGGAUAAGGCUCGACGGCAGGAUCUGAACAAGACCUUGUCCGAGAGCGAACGGCAUAAAUCCGCCCAUUGCCCCUCCAACUCCUCCGCCACCUAUUUCGCCGCCGCCCAUCCUGAUUCCGCCGCCUCCUUUUCCUCCGUCGCCCAUUCCGCCACCACCCAUUCCGCCACCGCCCUUUCCGCCACCGCCUCCCACCCCUCCGCCUGCGCCCCCAGUGCCACCCUUCACGUUUCCGCCAUUUCCGCCGCCAUGUCUGUGCUUCUUACAGGUCGAACGUCCGCAGUGCAACCAUCCGCGCAAGUUUCCGCCCAUCUUGUCCACGCGGAGUCCCGCGGAGAAGCGAAGGGCCAACGUGGCGUGGAGAGACGAAAGCAGGACAAAUGA